AUGGAAAAUAUAUCCAACUCGGGCAACUUGCUCUCAGCCUGCUACAAUUCUAUCUUCUUCAACUCUACCAAUUGUACAUCUUCGGAUCAGUUUUUAUUGAACCCGGAUUUUUACGUUAUUCUGCCUAUCUUCUACUCAGUGAUUUGCGCAGUAGGUUUGACCGGCAACACAGCGGUGAUUUACGUGAUUCUAAAAGCCCCCAAAAUGAAGACCGUCACUAAUCUGUUCAUUCUGAACUUGGCGAUCGCGGACGACCUGUUCACGUUAGUCCUCCCCAUCAAUAUCGCAGAGCAUCUUUUGCAGUACUGGCCCUUUGGCGAGGUGCUGUGCAAAAUGAUUCUCUCCAUUGACCACUAUAACAUCUUCUCAAGUAUUUACUUUCUGACGGUGAUGAGCGUGGACCGCUACCUCGUCGUCUUGGCCACGGUGCGAUCGAAGCGAACGCCGUUCCGAACGUACCGUGCGGCCAGAAUCGUCAGCCUUUGCGUCUGGCUUUUGGUUAUUCUCAUCGUCUUGCCCUUCACCAUUUUUGCCGGCGUCUAUAUAAACCCCGAUGACACGGAAAGGAAGAGCUGCGUCCUGAGUUUCCCUACUCCGGAAAGUUUGUGGUUCAAAGCCAGUAGGAUUUACACGCUGUUACUGGGUUUCGCCAUACCCGUCUUUACUAUUUGCCUACUCUACGCCAUAAUGCUUUACAGACUGAGAAACAUGCGUUUGAAUUCCAACGCGAAAGCGUUAGAUAAAGCGAAGAAGAAGGUGACGGUCAUGGUGUUCAUAGUGUUGGCAGUGUUUUUGUUCUGCUGGACUCCGUUCCAUCUCAGCACCAUUGUGGCUCUCACCACCGACCUCAGGACAACUCCCUUUUUGAUCGGGAUAUCUUAUUUUAUCACCAGUUUGAGCUACGCUAACUCAUGUCUAAAUCCUUUCCUUUAUGCUUUCCUGGAUGAUAGUUUUAGGAAAGCAUUCAGAAAAAUGCUAGAAUGUAGACCUGCUUGAACUUCUUUAAGAAGAGAAUGAAACUGCAGUAAGAAAUUAACUUGUCUUGACAAUUAC